ACUUUGACUAUGACUUAGAUAUAGUUGAUAGUCAGACUUCAGAUAGACAUCUAAUUCAGACCAUUGCACAAAGCACUUAAGACUCUGACUAUCUCAAGUAGGACUACACUGCAGUGCAUUCUGGGUAAAAUAAGACACUUUUCAAAACAAAAAACAUGGCGGAUCGAGUAAGCGCAUUUAACCGGUCAGUUCAGUUUACCCCAGCAGAAAAUAUGUGUUUGUUGGAGGAGUAUAAUAGUUACAAGGACAUUUUACUAGGGAAAUUUAGCGGAGGAGAAUGUAGUAACAAGAAGAAAUGUUUAAUUUGGAAAAAGAUUUCCGCGACAGUAAACAGCAUUAAUCCGACCGUUGAGCGCAGCGUUAAAGACGUACAGAAAAGAUAUAAAAACAUGGUGCAAGAUGCCAAAAAGGAAAUAUUUAAGAGGAAAUACCCAAAAACGGGAGGAGGACCCCAAGAGAAACUUAAAGACACCACUGAAAUGGUGAUGAAUAUAUAUGGUGGACAGUCGCCGAUGUUCUGGGGGAUAAGCGGAGGACGGGAAAGUGGAGUGUGUGGAGCCGUCAACACUGACGUAACCGGCGGAGUUCCCUCAGCCACUGACAGCAGCACCCCGCCGCCACAUCAAGAGGAAGAGCCAGACAGUCAAGAUGAGAAUACAGUGACCCUGUCUUUGAAUUGGGACCGAAGCGAGGCAGUGGUGGAGGAGCCGGCUGAGAGACGUGAGGGGACAGGAGAUGAAGAGUCUGAGUCAGCGUCAGCAUCAGCAUCAGCAUCAGCUACAGCUACAGCUACAGCUCCUGGUCCCAUGGGUUGCACAACGGUGUUCAGAGGAACAACCAUGUCAAUGGUGCUAGACAAACAAUACAGGAAUCUUCAACUGGAAGAGAGGAAAUUGCUGCUAGAGAUUGAAGUUUUACAGCUUCAGAGAGAUAAAUUAAAAUUAGAGCUUCACAAACAGUCGCUGGAGUCCUGAAUAUCUUUGAGUAGCCUACUAAUUUAUUUAAUAAUUUAUUGAACGAACAGUAUAUCACUUGUUUUGUGAGUUAAUAGUUUUUCAGUUUAUAUAGUAAGUUGUACUUUUAAUAACCUUGAAGAUUUUGAUAUGAAUGAAAUGAGACUUGAAUGUAAUUUAUAGAAUAAUUUAUUGAAUGAACAGUGUAUCACUUGUUUUGUGAGUUAAUAGUUUUCCAGUUUGUAUAGUAAGUUGUACUUUUAAUAACCUUGAAGAUUUUGAUAUGAAUGAAAUGAAACUUGAAUGUAAUUUAUAGAAUAAUUUAUUGAAUGAACAGUAUGUCACUUGAGAAACCUU